AUGCCGAAGAAGGAGCGAGAUGAGGUCUUGUCCGAGCUUGCUGCAAGGGUCUUCUCCACUAUGCUGGACGAUGCUCUCCUGGAUGUUGUGCUUGAGUCACAUCAGGCGGUAGCGCGCUCCCGAAGUAUAUGUCCAGUGUGCCAUAUGCAGUGUGGAGCAGUCCAUGUGCCCGGGUCAUCUAGCAGCACCUCACAGCCGGUCGCAUCGUCCUCGCGGUUGUCCACGCCCCUAGAUGACGCCAAGCUUGCAGGUACAAAUAGUCCGUCGGGUGUGGGAGCAAGUACUCCGAUGAAUGGAAAGGCAAACGGCAACGUUUUAUUAGAAUGCGUCAUUUGCAAAAGACAAGUUGCCUUUAAUCGCUAUGCAUCACAUCUGGGGGAUUGUAUGGGUCUAAGUAAUUCUCGAAGGGGUGCUACGCGCAACGCCACGACCAAGACCAAGCUUGUGACCGACACAGGAAGGUCUGCAUCUCCCUACGUCGGUUCGGAGAACGGAAAUAUGUCAGACGACGGCAAGACGACAUCUAGUAGCAAAGGCAAAGGUAAAUCGAAGGCUAAGCGCAAAGAUGACGCCGAGUUCAAUCUACAUCGGAAACGGCCAGGCUCCCCGUCCGUGUCUCCAGUGAAGAAUCAUAAGAAGACGAAAACAUCUGGGUCUCCAAUAGCCCGGGUCAAGGGUCCUGAUCCGUCAGGUUCAUCGAAUAAUCUGUUACCUGUCCCCCCUGGACAUUCUCAAUCUAGAAUUCCGUCCAAGCUGCGGGAAUCUUCAAUCGUCUCAACAAUUCAAAGGGAGCAGCGUUCAUCAUCUCCGGAGUCAAGAUUCUCCUCCCCUGCUCGCUCUGUUUCUACGCUAGCGUCCCUGCCGUCUAUGCAAAGCCCUACUAUCCCUCCUAUUAUGGUGCAGAAACCAAAGGGAAAGAAUGGCAAAGCACCGUUAGCGCCUCUCAAGAGACCUAGCCCUCCACGUCCCCCUCCGCCACCGGUCAUCAGGAUGCCUGAGACGGAUUAUCUCGUCGAUGUUGAGGGUGAAGAGACUGGUUCCUCCACAGAUACAGAUAGUUCAUAG